UAUUAUUAAAUCAUGACACGCAAAAUGACUGGUUGAUCUAGCCCUCUAAAUGUGUACAUAAUUGUACUACUACUUAAUACGUGCUUAUCCUUUCCUAAAUCCUAGUUGCAAGUUCCAACCGAAGCAAGAUGCUACGCGUAGAGCAGCAACAGGAGGAGGAGUUCCAAGAAGCAGAUAUCCUAUGGCCGGAUGCAGCACAAGACCUGGAGUUUGCCCAGGUGUACUACUCUUUCGUCGACGCCGGCGCCGACGACGACGGCGAGGAGCACUCCGGCAGAAAGCCGUGCGGCCAGCAGAAAGCUUCUUCCCCCAUCGACAUCCCCACCCGGAAGGGCGCAAAAGGUGUGAAGGCGCCGGUGGGAUUCAGCAAACUCGGCCAGACCCUCGCCGGCGCCGGCGCCGGUGUCAGCAGCAUCAUCGUCGGUAGCCAUGUCUUCGUGCCACCGCAUGUCUUCGUUGAUCACCGGAGGGCCAAGAGAGAGAAGGCGAUGAUGACGCUCGUCGUGCCGAAGGGGAAGGCGAGGACGAUGGUGAUGCGCGAGUAGAGCUGAACAUUUUUGAGGGAAAUGUCAAAUGUUCGUUUCUCUUAGAACAGUUUUGAGUUCGUUUUGUUUGAAUUUACGUGUGUGCGACCGAAUUCAUAUGAUCUUUGUUCUUUCCGUGAUUCAUCUGCAUGUGUCCAUCGUCAAAUUGUGACUGGACAUUGCGGAGGAAGAACGGACGCUGAAGGUGUAAAACGCGGUUUUUUUUUUCCGUGCUGUGAAAUGCAGUUCAGAACUUCAGAUCAGCUGUGUGAUGCUACUGUGAUUUUCCUAGUUUUGUUUGCAAAUUCCUU